CCGCAGCCCCGCAGUUGCAGCCUGGCGGCGGGGAGAGCAGGCGGCCCUAGGCAGCUCCGGUGUGGGCGGCGGACCAUGCCCCCGGCUCCCCAUCGGCUGCCCCCCAGGCCCGGCCAUGAGGAGCGGCGCAGAGCGCAGAGGCAGCGCGCCCCCGCCCGGCUCGCCGCCCCCUCCCGCACCGCCCGGCGCCCGGGACCCCGGCGAUGGCCGCGCUCAGCCGCGCCCCCUGUUCGCCUGGAGCAAGUGGAAGAAACGCAUGAGCUCGUCUAUGGCGGCGGCCAGCGCGCGGAGGCCGGUGUUUGACGACAAGGAGGAGGUGAACUUGGACCAUUUCCAGAUCCUGAGGGCCAUUGGCAAAGGCAGCUUUGGCAAGGUGUGCAUCGUGCAGAAGCGGGACACGGAGAAGAUGUUCGCCAUGAAGUACAUGAGCAAGCAGCAGUGCAUCGAGCGAGGUGAGGUGCGCAACGUCUUCCGGGAGCUGGAGAUCCUGCAGGGGCUGGAACACGUCUUCCUGGUCAACCUGUGGUACUCCUUCCAGGACGAGGAGGACAUGUUCAUGGUGGUGGACCUGCUGCUGGGCGGGGACCUGCGCUUCCACCUGCAGCAGAACGUGACCUUCUCCGAGGACACCGUGCGCCUCUACGUCUGUGAGCUGACGCUGGCCCUCGACUACCUGCGCGGCCAGCACAUCAUCCACAGGGAUGUGAAGCCCGACAACAUUCUUCUAGACGAGCAGGGACACGCUCACCUGACGGACUUCAACAUCGCCACCAUCGUCAAGGAUGGUGAAAGGGCCACUGCACUGGCCGGGACCAAACCCUACAUGGCCCCCGAGAUCUUCCAGUCCUUCGUCAACGGGGGGACAGGCUACUCCUUCGAGGUGGACUGGUGGUCCGUGGGGGUGAUGGCGUACGAGCUACUGCGUGGAUGGAGGCCCUAUGACGUGCACUCGGGCAGCGCUGUGGACACCCUGGUGCAGCUGUUCGGCACGGCCAGUGUGCAGUAUGCACCCGGCUGGUCCAGGGGCACCGUGGCCUUGCUGCGCAAGCUGCUCACCGUGGACCCCCAGCACCGGGCAUCCAGCCUCCAGGAUGUGCAGACUGUCCCCUCGCUGGCCGGCGUGCUGUGGGACCAGCUGAGCCAGAAGAAGGUGGAACCCAGCUUCGUGCCCAAUAAGGGCCGCCUGCACUGUGACCCCACCUUCGAGUUGGAGGAGAUGAUCCUGGAGUCAAAGCCUCUGCACAAGAAGAAGAAACGUCUGGCCAAGAACAGGUCCAGGGACAGCAGCCGGGACGGCUCCCAGUCGGAGAACGGCUACUUGCAGGACUGCCUGGACGCCAUUCAGCGGGACUUCACAGUCUUCAACCGGGAGAAGUUGAAGCGGAGCCGGGACACCCCUGGAGAGCCCUUGCCCACGCCUGGGGACACAGCCGCGCCCAGCGAGGACAGAGAGGAGGUGGUGCCCGCCCUGCCCAUGUGUGGCUCUUUCUGCCCCUCGGGGAGCAGCUAGACCCGACUGGGACCCCGACUGGGACCAGGACAGGACGCUCCACGUGGACAGCGAGGGCGGCUGCCCGCUGAGUCCUACUUCCUACCGGAACUUUCUGCCACAGCCCUCGGAUCCGGUGCCCACGGUGGGACGUGUGGGCUGGGUGGCACCUGGCUGCGGUCCUUGACGGCAGCCCCCCGGGGGUCGGCUGACCAGUGCCGUGUCCCUGCCCUGCUGGAUGGGGGGACCCUGCGUGGCUCCUGCCCCCGGAGGGGGGGCGGGGGGAUGGUUUCUGGCCAGUUACUGUGGGUUCCGCGACCGCUGUACAGUUUUCACUCAGAAUUACACCCAGACUUGGUUUGGCUCCUGGA